AUGACGGCAAUGAAGCAUAUAAAGUUGUCGCAAACAACUUCCACCGACUCAGGUGACAUUGAUGCCAUUCAAUGUGACGCUGCAGUGCCACUUGAACCAGAAGAAGAAUCAGAUCAUCACGAACUGCCAGCCCCAACCGAAAAAAGGCGUAGCACUACCUCCAUGGUGAUAAAAAUUACCAUUGGACUUAUUCUGACGGGGUUGGUAUUAUUUGUACUGAUUGACAGUAUGACCAACAAACGAAUUCCAGAAAUGAAAACACGAAUGUUGACAUGGUGCGAGGAAAACCCAUUAGAGGGGACCAUCAUAUAUACCGUCUGUUUCAUCGUGGGAGUUAUUAUCAUGAUUCCAGCAACUGUUUUUGUCGUGGCUGGAGGGUUUAUCUUUAGUCACGUCUACGGCUUUGGAUUCGGCGUUGCAAUUGCCAUCUUCGUUUCCUUGAUUGGAACCGCCGUAGGAAGCACAUCUGCGUUCACCCUGGGAAGAUAUCUCUUCAAGGACUGCUUAACUCCCUCGGUGCAAAAGUAUAAGCUUCUGAAAGUCCUUGACAGGGCUAUGGAUCAUCAUGGUUUUCGAAUAAUGGUACUUUUGCACCUAAACCCUGUCAGCCCCUUCGGGAUCCUCAACUAUAUAUGCGGGAGUUUAUCCAUCAGUGGCAAAGAUUAUUUUUUUUCAGCUGUGGGAACGACUCCUGGAGUUAUAUUAUACUGCUUUCUGGGAGCCUCGGCGCAAAACCUAACAGCGCUGGAACAUGCAGGCAAGGAUAGGACUGCCACGAUAUUUACAAUUGUCGUGGGGCUGAUCGCUGGAAUUAGCCUUGUUAAGGUCAUGGGAAAUUACGCCAAGAAGGAAUUGGAAAUAUUAGAAGUCCAAUAUGCUCUAGAAGAAGACGGAGCUGAAGAGAAUGUCCGUCCGAGCACUGUGUUGUCGACAGAUGAAAUGGACGUCGAAGUUGUAGAGCAGAGAAGUCAAGAUGAAGGCGAUAUACCAACAAUAGUUUAA